AUGGGCAAGAAACGGAAGCUGUCGCAUCAGAAUACGCCCAAUGCGCGUCCAAAGAAACUCCCACAGAAGAACAAAUCCGACCAGAAGAAACCGCCCAAUGGCCCCGCGAAGAAGGGCAAAGGCAAACAACAGCAUCAGAGUGAUGAUGAGCCAACGAUACCAUUCGAGCCUCACCACCGCAUACUGCUUGUGGGUGAAGGCGAUUUGAGUUUCGCUGCGUCUAUAAUUCAGCAUCAUGGCUGUGCAAAUGUUACUGCUACGGUUCUGGAGAAGGAUGCCGAGGAAUUACUGUCCAAGUACCCCCACGUUGAGGACAACAUCGCCGUAAUCCGCGGUGAUGCUCUCAAGCCCAACGAGGCCAAUAAAGAAGACAAAGAGACAUCUGCCGAAGAAUCAGAAGCAGGCGAAACUAGCCAAGGUAACCAGAACGAGGUCGAGGACACCAAUGGCGAAAGCGACAGCGAGGAAGACGACUACUACGACUACUACGACUCAGACGAUCCCAACGCACCACCAAAACCUAAGCGAAAACUCACUCCCAACAACAAGCUCCUCUACAACAUCGAUGCUACUAAACUUCCUAAUUCACUCAUACGCGCUCGCUUUGACCGCAUCGUAUUCAAUUUUCCUCACGUCGGCGGAAAGUCCACUGACGUGAAUCGCCAAGUUCGCCAUAACCAAUCCCUUCUCGUAUCCUUCUUCGAGCGUGCAAUUCCGGCGCUUGCCUCCGACGCUGCCAUUGUAAUCACACUAUUCGAGGGCGAGCCAUACACCCUCUGGAAUGUCCGAGAUCUCGCUCGUCAUGCUGGUUUGCAAGUUGAGCGCAGUUUUCGAUUCCAGGCUCGCGCAUACCCUGGGUAUAAACAUGCACGAACGCUGGGCGUCGUGAGAAACUCGAAGGGUGAAGUGAGCGAAAGUGGAUGGAGGGGUGAGGAGAGGGCAUCAAGGAGCUUUGUGUUCAAAAGGAAAGAAGAUAUCGCCCCGGUGGUCGGAAAGAAGAGGCGGAAGGGCGAUGAUUCAUCUGAUGAUGAGGAUUGA